AUGGGGGGCGGUGCAGGCGUAGCUGGAGUUGGCGGCGGAGGUGGGCAGCAGCAACUACCUACUCCCCAACAAAGAAAUUUCAGAAAAAUGGGUGUCAGCCCUGGCAUGCAGGUGGCAGCUGCUACCGGCCAGCCCUUAUUAGCGCCGGCGCCCAUGCAGCCCUUCGUGCCGUAUCCCCACCCGCACCCAGGCCCCCAUCCCGCACCUUCUGCUCUGCAAUACCAGCAUAUGGUCCGCAUGUACCACGGCGGUGUCGGCGGCGGAGUGGGCGGCGUGGGGUCAGGCGUGGGCGGCGCGGAGGUGGGCGGCGGCGUGGGCGUCCCCGGCGUGGGCUACGCGCCGCCCCCCGCGCCCUCCCCCGCCGCGCCCUCGCCCGCGCUCUACCCGCCGCCCUCGCCCGCGCACACGCCGCACCCGCACCCUCACCCGCACUCGCACCACCACUACCAGCAGCCACAGUUCCAGGUGUUGUGUCUGGGUCCGGGCGGAACGGCGACGCACCACCACCACCAUCCCCACCAUCACCCCCACUUGACGUACCUGAACCACGCGCCGCCUACUGCCUCACCGCCGCAACCACACCCACACUCCAUACAGUCGUACAUCUCGCCAUACAUGCUCGCAGGUUGCGAGUUCAACACACCUGAAAAAUCUGAAGGACAGCACCGAUAA